UAAAUAAAAAAAAACGCCAGAAAUAUAUUUUUUCCAAGCCAAACUUUCAACGGAUUCAUACCAUUUUCUCUUGACAAUUUUAAUUUUUCAUCAAAUUAAUUAAAAAUCUAAUAACUUUCAUUAAAUCAAACCUGAAUUCCCAUACAAUGGGUCGUCCUACCGAAAUCAAACUAAACAAUCCACCAGCCGAUGUAAUAUCUUCAGUAAAAUUUGGUCCCGACUCAAAUCAAUAUUUAAUUUCUUCAUCUUGGGAUGGAACAGUCCGUUUCUAUGAUGUUGUAAAUAAUUCUUUGCGCCAAAAAUUUGUCCAUGAUGUACCAGUUUUAGAUGUUGCUUUUGUGGACAUUGUCCACGCUGUCAGUGGAAGUCUUGAAGGCCAAUUAAAACUUUUCGAUGUUAACACACACACCGAAAGUGUUGUUGGCAGUCAUGAAAUGGCUGUUCGUUGUGUCGAGUAUGUUGACAAAGUUAACGGCAUUUUGUCAGGAAGUUGGGACAAAACCAUUAAAUUGUGGGAUGUCCGCGACAAACAAUGUGUUGGCACUUAUGAACAAUCCAAUGGCAGAGUUUAUUCAAUGAGUGUCAAAGAGGAGAAAAUUGUUGUUGCCACUUCUGAUAGAAAAGUCUUAAUCUGGGAUCUUCGUAAUAUGGCUCAAUACAUGAUGAAGCGAGAAUCUUCACUAAAAUAUCAAACAAGAGCAAUUCGAAUCUAUCCGAAUAAGGAAGGUUACGUGAUGAGCUCGAUUGAAGGUCGAGUUGCAGUUGAAUACUUUGACCCAGAUCCAGAAGUCCAGAAAAAGAAAUUCGCAUUCAAAUGCCAUCGUAAUAAAGAAGACAAUAUGGAAACUAUUUACCCCGUCAAUGCCAUUAGUUUCCAUAAUGUCUAUAAUACCUUUGCCACAGGAGGUUCCGAUGGCUUUGUUAAUAUUUGGGAUGGAUUUAAUAAGAAACGACUUUGUCAAUUCCAUCAGUAUGAUACAUCGAUUGCUUCAUUGCACUUUUCGAAUGAUGGUAGUACUUUGGCUAUUGCUUGUUCGUAUUUAGAUGAAUUUGAGACACCGCCACCUACAGCACAUGAUCCAACGAUUUAUGUGCGUUAUGUUAAUGAUCAAGAAACUAAACCGAAAUGAUAAAUCGAUGUUAUUAUUGACGAAAUUGUGUUGACGCUGAGAGAAUGGAGGAGAAGAAGAGCGUCAAAAACUUGAUUUUAAGAUUUUUAGACGAUAAGUAUGUAUUUUUUUUUGUUUAUUUUUUCGUAGAUUGAUUAUAAAUAAAAUGGCUGAUAAUAAUCGA